UCGCGUUUCCAACGAUCUAGAGAGCGGUACACACUCCAGUGGAGAGUCUGAGCCAGAACCAGAGCAGCUAGAAAGGAAUAACCGCAACUAGGACACACCUUGGGGCAUCAGCAUGAGCCAGAAACAGACACAGAGCCAGCUGGAGACGGAGCAACUGCUCUUCGAGGAGAAGCCGCUCCACGUGCCCCCAUUGUCGGAGCUGCAGAAUGUCAUACAGGGUGCUUUGAGUGGAAACUUUGCCCAGGUGGAGGUGAGUGUGGGUGCAUGCCCCGAUCUGAAGGCGGCACGGUUCGGAUUGGUUGAGAGCGGACUGGGUGGCAGGCCCACGCUGCUGGAGGCUGGUGGCCCACCCUUCCUGCUGCCCCUCGUGCAGCGGGACAAGCUGUACAACAUCAAGGAGAUCACGCGGAAGAUCCAGGGACCCGGCAAGAUCUUCGCUGUGGGCGCCGGUGCGGGACCCUGGCCCAUUCGCAGCUCCAACUGCGAGGGCAUCUACAAUCUGUCGGUGAGCGAGACGGGAGAGCUGACGAACGGCAGCUACACGGCCACCGUGCGUGGAGCACAGGAGGAGUGCGUGCUGGAGAAGAUACCCCACACAGAGCCCCGCUGCGCGCUGCUGCUGAACCUGUUCCUCAGCCAGGGAGCACCCGGACAAGUGCUGAAGAUCAGCGCCAAGCAGCGCACCGGCGAACAGAACUUCAUCGAGUGCAUCCGCAAGGGGCUAGAGGUGCACUACGGCGACAAGGUAGUGGGCCUGGGUGGCAUCUUCCUGAUCAAGAAGGGCGCCGCCCAUCAGCACGUGAUGCGUGACUUUAGCACGACGCCCAUCCACACCGACGAGGAGGUCAACGAGUGGCUCAAGUUCUACGAAAUGCCCGCCCAGCUCAAUGCCGUCGGCACACUGGUGACCAAGGAACACGACCUCGACCUGCGCCUGCAGCACUUCCACUCGUUCUCCUUCAGCAACUGGGGCGGACACUACCACUACGACACCACGCCCGAUAUCGUGGAGUACGAGGCAUAUCUGAAUGUCGCCGAGCGAGUGGUGCGGGUGGACAAGCCCCUGUCCACACACAAAGUGGGCAGAGAUUAGUUCUUAUCUGAUCUACUCCAUUAUCUACUCUAUCUACAUUGCCUAAUCCGUCAUAAAUAAAUGCUCUUAAAAA